AUGAAUUCAAUUUUAUAUUUAUUAGUAUUUGUUUUUCUAAUAAGUAAUUCUAAUCAAACAAGAUUAUUAACUCAUAUUCAAAAAUCUUAUUAUUCAGCAUUUGUUAAUCGUGUAGCAAGUGGAUUUCAUUCAUUAUGGCGUAUUACAUAUCUUGAACAAUAUCCGUGUGUUAAAAAUCGUUUUAAAUUAACGAAUGAUAAAAUAUAUAAGGCUAAUUUUACUAAACAAGAUUUUAUUUAUCCAAUGAUAAUUAGUGUUACUGAUAGAUAUAUUAAAGUUAAAAUACAUCAAAAUAUGAAAAUUGGUAUAAAUGAAGAAAAUGAUAAAAUGUACAUUGAUAUUUUUAAUAUGAUUUAUUCAGAAUUACCAUCCGAUUGGAGAAAAGAAAAUCAUGAUACAGCAUCGAUAGCUUGUUAUCUUGUAUUAAAAUCAAUAUUUUAUCAACAAAAAUUUACACAGGAAUAUAUUGAAGAUAUGACAAUUAAAAUACAUGAUGAAUGGAUAAAACGAAAUAAAAAUCGGACAAGUUCACAUUUAAAAUUACCCUAUCAUCUAUUAUCUAGUAUUGAAAAAAAAAAAGAUCGACAAGCAAUUUUAAUUGCGAUCCAAAUAUUUCGUUUUUAUAGAUUAGAUAGAAUAUUCAAUACAACAAGAAUUGAAUUCGUAUGA